GCAAUUGUUUACCUCGUCGCUGUGGGACCGCUAAACAGAUUUCGCUUUUCCUCACAAAAUUCGGCCUUUUUUUUUAACUUCAGUCUCUCGUUGCAUACUGUCUAUUGCAUUCUAAGCUGACUGUAUCUUUUACUCCGCUUAAAUUAUUGGUUCCUGUCAUUCCUCCUUUCUUUACUAUGCUCUAUGAAGGGCUUACUUCAGGGUUGUGGAGAUCGACUGAAGUCAACUGUCACGGCAUGAUAGUGCUAAGGUGCUUUCCACACCUCUGCGAGGUUCAUCUAUCGCAGAUUGUUCCAACUGCUUUCCUUUUGGCUUAAAAAGCUCGCUGGACAAAAUGCAGAAGCUGAAGCAGCUGUUUACUAUUCAGUCACAUGAUCACAUGUCAUGUGACGGCAUGGACAUGCCAAUAUCCAUAUUUUUUCGCAAAACUUUGCUCAACAACUUUAUAUCCAAAAUUCAUUUGUUCCGUCUAUAUUAACAAGUCUAGUUCCGUUGAAGGCUCUCUACUUAAGGCACCACUGCCCUGCCAAAAAUAUAAAGCUGUUUCUCCCCACCACAGCUACUCGCUCCUCACAACCAGUUUUCCUGGUCUCAUCUCGAUCAUUAACCAGUAUUUAUCCCUCAGCAUGGCACUUACCAAGCCAAUCUUCCCAAUAUCCCACCUACCCAAGAAAUCUACACCCCCAAAACUAACAGUCUCCCUCCUCACCACACACUCUCCAGCAACAAUAACAUUCGUCCUCUUCCCCACCCUCCCACCAGAACUCCGCCUUCGAAUCUGGCGUUUCUGCCUCCCCAGCGCACGCCUCAUCCGUCCAAACAGCAAAUGCACCUGCUCAAAUGCAAUGGACUCACACUCCAGCCCUCCUCUACCAACAUUCACCACCACUCACCCAACACUCUUAUCCGUAAAUCGAGAAUCACGGACCGAAACCCUGAGACAUUACACAAUAAUUUACAGCCUCGAAGACGCCUCAAGCCUAUCUUUCAAUCCCGAGAGAGACAUAUACUUCCCCUCCUCCCACUCACACACACACUCAUGCUCCUCGCUCUCACCCUCACCAUUCCCAACCUCCAGUCCUCCCUCCCCGCGUCAGGAAUUCACCAUCCCCUCUUAUUCCAUCAAAAAAGACACCCAAAUCCGCCGAAUAGCCAUCCAUGAAUCUUUCUUACUAAAAAGCAAGCUGUCCGACCCAACAAGCCUGACUAGUAUGGCGAGAAGCUGGAGUGAUCUAGAUGAAUUGCUUAUUGUUGUUAUGCUGAAUAGGAGGCUGGUGUGGCCGCAUUCGAUUUAUAGGGAGCGGGAGAGGGUUUUGAUUCUGGGAGAGGAGGUGGGAUGGGAGGAGGGAGGGGAGGAGGGGUGGGGAGAUGUGGGGGUCUUGGGUGGGCUUAUGAGGGGUUUGGAGGGGGGGAGUGAGGAGGAUGGGAAUGAUGAGGAUGAGGAUGAGGAUGAGGAUGGGAGGCGGAAGGGAAAAGGGAAGGGGAAAGGGAAGGGGAAGGGGAAGGGGAGGAUGCCGGUGGUAAGGGUUGUGCAGCCUAGGGUUGUGGAUGAGAGGGAGGAUCCGUUUUGUGUGAGGGUUACGCCGCUGAGUUUGAGGAGGUAGGUGGGCUGGCUGGGUUGGUGAGUGUAUAGCGUGCAGGGCAGGAGGAGCUCUCCAGUGUGGAGCGGCUUGGUAUUUUCUGGGUAUUUGCUGUGUAGCACUGUAUUAUAUGACGCAACGGCAAGCAGCUCAGCAUCACCUUCAUUUAUCCGUAACGCUUCAGACCUUUCUCCAAGGAACAAAGAAGAAAGCUUGGGCUGAAGCCCUCAGUAUCGAUCAGGAUCAGCAGAGUAUAGCAAAGCUCAAUCUCGAGCGAGAUCUUCAAAUGGGCAACUCUUGUCCUCCGCCAUCUUGGUCCCAAAAGCUAGCAGGAAAACGAAGCCAUGGAACUCUCCAAGCAGCUCGGAUCUAUUUGCAACAUGAGGGAUAUACCGAGCCUCAAGAUCUCGUGCACCACAUAAAGUUUCGAGAGCUUGCACAAGCUCUGUUCCAUUUUCUUGGCUGGGACGACUGCGAGUGGCACUCUUGUCACCCCCAUACUUCUGUCCGACGUGUAUGCCUCAAGAACGUGCGAGCCAUACCAUUAAGUUUAAUAUUGCUGUCUGUGGAGGAAUUCCGGAUGAUGAUCUCACAUACAUCCAUUUCUCUCCUAUUCGCUACAUUCGCCUCCCUGACCUCAGACUUCCACCAACAAGAUUUCACGCACCGUGGUUGGUCUCUGCGGCAUUUCUAUAUCAGAGGGAGGGCUAAUUACAAGCUGCUUAAAACAAUCGAUGUUUCUUCGUCGCCGAGUUGGGAUCGUUGGGCCUUGCUUGGGCGGUAUUGGAGUAUGAUUUGAGAUGAGGCAAACGGACUUGAGAAUGAUUGACUUUUUGUUUGUCUUUUCGGGAAAUAAGUAAACAAUGCUAGGACUCUACUUCGUAGCGAGUGUUUCUCUGCGAAACUUGGAUUGCGCUUGACAUCGAACACCGGGCUAAAUGCAGAUAUGCCUCAAUAGUCAUGGAGAUAGUGUAAAGUACGAAAAUGCCGAAGAGUUCACACCAUUGGCUUUGCCUGGAUCUUGACUCCUUUGCUCGUCCAGGGUUUGGGAGAUUUCGUUCCUCUCCGUCCUUUUCACUUUUUAGCCACCCUGUUUGAAUGAUGCCUUCACUGUGGCAAAAUAUAUCAUUCCCAGAGAGAAAUGGUUUAUCAACAGCCCCC